ACUCACGGCCGCCAUAAUGCUUGUUUGCCUUCAGUGAGGAAGAGCAGCGGAUCAGAAACAAAAGAAACGCGCACUCGUCUUUGUGAACUGGUAUGAGCUUACAGUAUUACAGGGAUGCCCAAGGAAAAAUAUGACCCGCCUGACCCAAGGCGGAUGUACACAAUAAUGUCCAGUGAGGAGGCGGCCAAUGGGAAGAAGUCAUAUUGGGCAGAGCUGGAGAUUGUUGGAAAAGUGAGGAGUUUAAGUUCAGCAUUAUGGUCCCUUACCCACCUCACUGCUCUUCAUAUCAGUGAUAACUCACUUUCACGAAUCCCACCCGACAUUGCCAAACUACACAACUUGGUGUACCUGGACUUCUCGUCUAAUAAGAUCAGGAGCCUGCCCGCCGAGCUAGGCAACUUGGUUAAUCUCAGGGAACUGCUUUUAAAUAACAACCAGUUACGAGUUCUGCCUUUUGAGCUUGGAAAACUCUUUCAGUUACAAACGUUGGGUUUGAAAGGAAACCCACUUGCACAAGAAAUCUUGAACCUCUACCAAGAGCCUGAUGGGACACGUCGGCUACUCAACUACCUGCUGGACAAUCUUGCAGGCACCAAACGUGUACCUAUAGAACAGCCACCACCUCGCUCAUGGAUACCACUGCAGGAGCACGACAGAACACGGCCAGCAGCACUUUUCUCUGUAAUGUGCUACAAUGUGCUGUGUGACAAGUACGCCACACGCCAGCUCUACGGCUACUGUCCCUCCUGGGCCCUCCACUGGGACUACAGGAAGAAGUCCAUCAUGCAGGAGAUUCUCAACUGCAGUGCGGAUAUCAUCAGCCUACAGGAAGUGGAAACGGAGCAGUACUACAACUAUUUCCUGGUGGAGCUGAAGGAACAUGGUUAUGAAGGAUUCUUCAGUCCUAAGUCCCGAGCCAGGACCAUGUCUGAAUCCGACCGCAAACAUGUGGACGGCUGCGCAGUCUUCUAUAAAACAGAGAAGUUCAGUCUGGUGCAGAAACACACAGUGGAGUUUAACCAGCUGGCUAUGGCAAAUUCAGAAGGUUCAGAGGCCAUGUUGAACAGGGUGAUGACAAAGGACAACAUCGGAGUCGCUGUACUACUAGAGCUGCGGAAAGAGAUGAUGGAGCAUUCUGCUGGAAAGCCUCUGCAUGGCAUGGAGAAACAGCUCCUCCUUGUGGCCAAUGCUCAUAUGCACUGGGACCCCGAGUACUCGGAUGUUAAGCUUGUCCAGACCAUGAUGUUUCUGUCUGAAGUGAAGAACAUUGUGGAUAAAGCCACUCGCAGUCUCAAGCUCUCCUCCAUCUCAGGAGAAACCAAUGCCAUCCCUCUCGUCCUGUGCGCUGACCUCAACUCUCUACCCGAGUCGGGUGUGGUGGAGUACCUGAGCACAGGUGGUGUGGACAGCACCCACAAGGACUUCAAAGAGCUGCGAUAUAUUGACAGCUUGACCAACUUCAACUGCAACGGCAAGAACGGCACCUCCAGCACCAGGAUCACGCACGGCUUCAAGCUGAAGAGUGCCUAUGAGAACGGCCUGAUGCCUUACACCAACUACACGUUUGACUUUAAGGGCAUCAUUGACUACAUCUUCUACUCUCAACCUUUGCUUAACGUGCUGGGCGUGCUGGGUCCCUUGGACCUCCACUGGCUCCACGAGAACAAUGUCACUGGCUGCCCCCAUCCCCACAUCCCCUCUGAUCACUUCUCCCUGUUUGCACAACUGGAGCUGCUCCUGCCCUACCUGCCUGCUGUCAACGGCAUUCAUCUGCCUGGUCGCAGGUAGUUCUCAGAGCCAGCAGGGGGAGCUCCGGCCCCUGCCUUUUGUUCUCACAGUGGAGAGAGAAUGAGGCAAGGGCUGUUGUGUAUAAAUCUGAGAUGGGGUAUGGCAAACUUUUAUUCCCACGGAUUUUAACUGAAGCAGACGCUAAUGUCAGUCUUAUCUCUACCACCUCCCACCCACUUUUUCUUUCUUUUGUUUUUGUUUCAUUUUUCCUUUUCUACCCUCCGUUUCUGGGCACAAUUAACAUUCUGUACUUUUUUUCAAAACCCUAAGGGCCCUGAGUGAUCAUGUAAGUUUUACCUAAAGACAGAAAAAAAAGCUUUUUUAUAUAAAUAACUAAAUGGCAAUAUCUUUGAAACUCAUGCAGGGAGUCCAGAUAAAGCAAGUUAUCAUGAAAUGCAUAAUUUGGAUCAUGCUACUAUGAGGCCAGUGUAGAGCAAGCAGCUAAAUUUGAUGACGAAAAAAAAAAAGAAUUUCACCAGCUUAGGUCAGAUAGUCCGAUCUCCAGGAGCAACCCUUUAAAAAAGGGCUUUUAACGUGUAAAGAGAGCUGGCCGAACUCUUACAUUUGCGCUCAGUGGUGCUGAGGCCUCUCCACGGAUGCUCUAGCUGUUCACCAGUGAUGGGUUUGCACGGCCCGCCGUCACCAACUAGCGGGCCUUGUCCGUCUUGUAAUUAAGUCCAUUGGAUGCCAGUGCAAUCACACCUUUUUGUAUUCAUGCUUUUAAGAAAGCAACGUUUCAAGAGCCAAAAUGGCCGAUUUAUGGAGUUGUCUAGCUUCAUGUGCCAUAGAGCCCUCCUUGAGCUGAGGUGCCCGCUGAUCUGGUGCGUACGGCUGAGAAAGGGUUUCCGUGAAGAGAAAUCAUCUGGAAUGGCCAGCUUUGUGUUAGCGUGUGCCAGUAGCCUUUGCACCUGAGGAAGUUUGGCAGGAAAUCAUGCAGAAAAUAUGCUAGAACAGGCAAAGACAAGCACAUCCCACUCAUAGACGGAUAAAUUAAACUCUCAAUGUGACCAGUAGACGCCUCGCCCAGCCAAGACUAUAGGUUUUUUUUUUUUUUGGUCUCUACAUGAUUGUAUACAAGCAACAAAAGUCCGGAUCUACAGUUCCCGUUUUUACCCAGUGCAUCUCUCUCUUUCUCUCUCUCUCUCGUGAUUAUUAUUUUGGACGUAUAAUUUCACUGAGGCAGAUAUCUGGUGAUGUGAUCCCGUUCCCCUUCACUGUGCCUCACUGAUUCGUUUCUCUAAGCGCACUGACAGUGCUAUCAGUGAACACAUGAACAGCCUCAAUCUCUACAUCUUCACCAUCCUUAUACAAUAUCCUCAUUUCUGUUUAGGUUUUUUGUAUUCGCUGUCAAAUAUCUUAUUCUUCUGAUCUUUUUGGGUGUCUACAAAGUCGAGUAAAGUGAGUGUUUCUGCUGUGCCGAUCCGCGCUCGUGAAAUCCUAUUGUUCUCCUGUAGUUCCUCUUAUUUUUAUUUUUUUUAUUUCUCCCCAUUUGAAUUAUCUAUUUACUGCCACUUCCUCCCUCUCGACUCAGGCAAUUCUCUUUAACCGUAUAUUUUGCUUGUGUAUUUCUUUGUUCGGAUCUCGUUCUAUAUUUCACUUCCUGCUAGAUCACGGUUAUCUCCUCGUGUCGUGCCAUCUAAUGCAUUCUGCCACAAGGCCAAGUUAUAGAGCUCGAUUAACGACUGUAAAGCCUGUUCUCUGACCUGAUGAAAACAUACAUGGUGAUUUUUAUUUUUUUUGUCUGUUUUCUGCUCUAAACGCAAGGCCAGAGUACCAUUACUGUAGCGCGGUCUGAUUUUUAACUUCGUCUAUGGUGGCAUCGUUGUUUAUUGCCACGUGCUCGCGAAGUCAAUUUGUUUUCCGUUUUCCCCAUCCCUCUCGAGUUUGUCAUGUUUUAAAAAUGGAAUGGAUUGACAAGCACUUAUUGUAGAUCGCUGGUGCAGCUACUCAUUGCUUUUUUAAAAAAUGAAAACAUUUGCCAUGAGGCAGAGGUCAAUUUUAAUGACUUUUAUUAAGCAAGAGUAAAUAGAUGAACUGGGGAGGACCAUCUUAUAGUUCCCCUUUUGGUGUCCCUUUUUAUUCCUCACAUUAUCUCAGUCAGUUUUGUUUUUCUUCUGGUUGUUUUUAAUUGAAAGCAACUUGUCUGGUUAUAUUGGAUUGCUGAUGGUGUUGUAGUAAAAAGAUUUUUGUAAAGUGUGAAUAAAUAAUGUAUCACGUUUCCUUUCUUUGACUUGAAUUGUGUUGAUGUGUGUAUUAUAUCUAAUAGUUUUUGUCAUUUUCAUUUUGCUUUUGUUUUGUAAUACUCAAAACCAAAUUUUUUGUAAAAAUGUUGGCACACUGAAUUAUAGAUUUAUAUUGUUGCUAACGUUCACUUCGAGAUACUUUUGAGAAAAAAAAAAGAAAUGCGUCAAUGAAAUCGUAGAGUCUCACAGAGAAAUAAAGAGCUGUCAUUUUGUCACCAAACUAUUUCAACUUUGACCCUGAGCUUUAUGUGGCUUUUCACCUUGUUUGAGAACCAGUUAGUUUAAAGCGUACGAAUACGUUUGGGUUGUGGUAAGCAUAGCAGACACUUCUUUUGUCUCUCUCUCCUGUUUUUCCUACUUUCGUAGGUGUUUUCUUGCUAUUGAUCUCCAGAAGAAGUAAGGUUAAGGGUAGAUGAGAUGAAGAGACCUCUUUUAUAUUAGCAAGUGUUCUUGUUCUCCUUCCUUGUGUUCUGUGCACUCUUCAGUGUCACUGACCUCUGAAAAAGUCACUUCUAAUAAAUUGUGCAUGUUUAGAUAUUGUUGCCAUCGCCAUAUCGUUGUUUAGAGGCAUUUAUGUUUCCUUUGGGUCAAAGACAAUGGUUUCAGGUGGUGUCUUGUGCACGACAAGCAAAAACAGCAUAAUGCUAAUCAUGUCAACAUGCUCAACUUGGCAAUAAUGACUCGCAGCCAUUUCCCUCCUCCUUUUCAGAUCCACUUGAGCAGAUGUUUCUGGCUUUACCAUAGAAAUUCUUUUCAUUUCCUUUUCUUGUUUCAUAAUCAACUUUUCUCUGUCAGUAGGGGUAGUAGUUCAAUGGUCAGGAUUGUGGUUGAAUCAGCUGAGAGUCAAUAAGUAUUUAGGUAAUGUCACUAUAUAAUGCACUGGACCAACUCUUGUUUACCAUUUAUGGAAUACCAGCAUAACACUUGCACAAUGUU